AUGAAGGCGCCGAGGAGACCGAGGCAGACGCGCCUCCUUCCGCGGUUCUGCGUCGUCGGAGUCGGUCUAAUUGCAUUCACCUGGAUCUUUGGUUUCAACGAUAAUACAGGUACUGCAAAAAUUGCAUUUAUCUUAACGUAAGUUAUAAACAAACAAGUAAAAUGAAUGACAAAAUGUGUUGUUCAGUGGUUCACUUGAAAACUUAAAGGGACAUUUUAGUUCUUCAGACAAAAUAACACUAUAAAGUUGAGCCAUAUCUGCUGUAUUCCUAAGUAACAAUGCCCACGGAUAAGUUGUUUUCGGUAUUGUUUGUAAUGUAUGUCAAUCCCUCUUUGUAGUGACACAUGGACCCUCAUCAGGGGAAGACGUCUCUGUCUUUAAGAGAGAGCUUAUCCAGGAAAAAGAGGCCAACCACACUGGCACUAUUUCGGCAUCUGGUGAGACAUUUCAUCACUACGUGUCUGUGAGACAAAUUUAACAGGGGAGAGGGGGCUACUGUUAUUAAUCACCGGAAAUCAUUAGCAGAAGCAUCCUCAGUGAAAUGGUACCUUGAAAGUAUGAAGCUUUUCUUGAACUAUCUGUAGGUCUAGAUAAAGAAAUGAGUGUCACAGCCUUAGCAACAGCAGUGCCUGUUUGCUAAUUCAGUUUUUUUUUAUGGCCCUCAUUUUGUAUAUAUCUAUUUUCGAAGUCUGUCUUCUUCUUCUUGCAUCGAUUGACCUCAUCUUUUACUUCAAACUCUGCACACCCAGAUCUUUAAACACAGCUGAGCCUUUGAGGGGACCCAGUUGCUAGGAAACUGAAUGCUGAAUGUUGUGGUUGGACUCUGGUCUGCACGUGAAACUGUUCAAAGUAUCUGUCCUGCUGUAAUGACCUCCUUAUUAGUGGUCUCUAUAUAGAUCCUUAUAUUGUGCUUGAAUCUCUUUGGACUAGACAGAGAUAGUUUCAGCAUCCUAUGGUCUGAUGUGAUAUGAAGACAUUUUCUAUCCAAACACAGAGAAUACUGUGAGUCUCAUAUUGUUGAAAUAUGCCAUUUCUUUUUCAAGUGUAACAUCUUACUUUUGAUUAUUAACAUGCACAUGUUUGAUAAAUGUGCAAAGAAAACCAUGUGACAGGUUGUCAAAAUAUCACGCCAUCUUCACAUGUGAUGCCUGUAACUGCACAAUGAUGCCUCUGUGCAGCAUCUUAUCCACUUUUGUCACACUUCUUUCACUUUCACCAUUCAUGACCUUCUUUUAAAGUGGAAGUUUUAUAAAUCCUGACCCAAAACUAAACCAGACAGCCAUGUCUGAUAAGUCAUCUGGGAGGCAGUGUUCCAGAUUACUAUUUUGCACUGCUUUAUCAAAAAAAAAAAAAGCUUUUUUCAAUCAUAAUAAACUGAGUUGCGGCUUUUUUUGAGCUUGGGUGAAAGCGUGCAGUCUAACAACAUACUCCCUUUUAUUUGGAUAGAGUGGGAUUGUGAUUUUUUCCCUCUUACCUUGAUCAAGUUGUCCAUCUUCUUCUUAGCUAUCGGGGAUUUUCCUGAUGACAUCUUUACUCCCCAGCAGAGGAGACAUGGAGCAGUACUUCUUCAUGUUCUCUGUGUGAGUCCCUGUUUUAAACAACUGUAGCACUCCUUUGUUGCAUGAAAUUCAUUACCAGAAAUAACUGUACUUUUUUUCUAUUCUUCCAGGCUAUCUAUAUGUUUCAUGCGCUGGCUAUUGUGUGUGAUGUUUACUUUGUGCCAUCACUGGAAAAAGUGUCAGAGGUAUGCCGAGUAACAUUUGCAACUGUACUUCAUAUAGACAUGAGCGAUUGAUGUCAGAUGAAAUGUAUUAAUCUAAUGAAAUAAUGUCAGUGCUGUUGUUUAUGUUGGACAUACAUAUUUUGAAAAUGAUUAUUAUAAAGGUGUUGAAUUACAAUAGCUGUCUCAUCUAAAUACAUCACACUAUAAAGGCCAUUGCUAUAUUGUAGCUGAUUUGUGUGGUUUUAAUAUGAUUUUUAUAACAAUAACAGCCUAUAGUAAUAACAAACCUUGGCUGACAAUAAGAAAAAUAUUCAGUAUCACUCGCCUGAGUCUAUCAAACACUUGUCCGUUUUCUAGAACUUACAGCUCAGUCAGGAUGUUGCCGGGGCAACCUUCAUGGCAGCGGGAAGCUCUGCCCCUGAGCUCUUCACCUCUUUGAUUGGUCAGUAUGGUGCUGCUUUAAUCAACUACUCAUUGAAAUGGUUCAGUCCACUGAUUGCCUGCAAUCAUACAUGUCCUCUCCUUAUGAGGUCAGGGAAAGUCAAGUGUGUGAAGAACGAGGCUGUGAUUGGCCAGUUUCACCAUAUAUAUCCUUAACAGACAUGUGGACAUGAUCAAAAGUGCAAAGUUAGGCAUGUUACAGUUUUUCAAUUAUUUACUGAAACACCAAAAAAUGUAUUCCUCUCAGAUUUUAAUUCAUUGCCCAGUGGAAAAGAUUUUGUUUGUAAAAACAUCUUCAAGUUAACAGAAUGUCGACAGCAUUUCAGUCAUGUCCCAUACAGAAAGAAAAAGAAGUGUACACUUUAAAAUAGUGUGAAACUACUGAAUAUUAAUGUAGGAAAAAGAUGAAUGAAAACAGAGGCUGAUACAAUCCUCAUUUGUGUUAUUGCCUCUCAAAAGUGCCACCCUGUCUCUAAAUUUUUGUCACUUGAGGACAUUUCCAGAUGAAUUGCUUCUGAAAUAAUCUAUUUCCUUUGCAGAAUAAAAAAACUGGUUGUGUCAGGUCACUGUUCUGUACAUUAAGUGGUUACAUAAAAGAGGACGUCUGCACAAUCCCUGUAGUUAUGGACCAAAGAUGUAUUAUUACUGCUCAAAGAUAAAGGUUACUAUAUAUAACUUUAUCGUUACAAGGGAGGGUGAUGAUGAAUCAUCCUUUUUUGACAAGUGGUCAGCUGAAAUGUAUUUUACUUGUGCUUUUGGUCUCAUCCUUUCAUUUCCUGUGUUUUAGGAGUGUUUAUCACAAAGGGUGAUGUAGGUGUAGGAACUAUUGUUGGUUCGGCUGUUUUUAACAUCCUGGUUAUCAUUGGCAUCUGCGGCAUCUUUGCUGGGCAGGUAAAGGAAAUGAGGCACAAACUGCAAAAAUACUUACAAUGACCCAGACAAUAUUCAUACGAGUACAUCUUGCAUCCUAUGAUAGUUUCGUGAUUAAACAAAUAAAAAUGUUCUCUGUGUGUGUUUUCUCUUUUCAGCCAAUCUCUCUCAGCUGGUGGCCUUUGUUUCGUGAUGCUGUUUUCUACAUCCUGUCCAUAGUGGUGCUCAUCCUGGUGAGAAAACCAGGAUUAUCUCAGUAUUUAAUCUAUGAAAAGUUUUUUAAUGACAGACUUGUAACUUAAACCUACCAGACAAUUGAACGACAAGGAGAAAUGACAUCUAUUAUAACUUUUUCUUUAUGAGGUUAAAAACACUGUUACUCUACAGCUAGAGAGACAAUCCCUUAAAAGGCAAAAAUAAUCAACUCUUCAUCAUAAAUGAAAUACAUUAAAAAAGAUUAUGCAUUGGAUGUGUUUGCAAUAUAGAAGUCUUGUCAAUGUUAUCAGUGAAACAAAUGCAAGCUAUCAGAAAAUUCUUCUGUUUGUAUGCAGCUUUAACUUGAACAGUAUAGAUGCUGGUAUGUCUUAAAUAUUGCUGGUUAAAAUGUAUUAUCAUGUUCUGUCAUCAGCACUUUCAUUAGUAAAUAGGGUAUAUUAACUGAAGUUAGACAGUCAUCAUGUUGCUUUGAUGUGAGCUGUGAAAAUCACAUUUCCUCAGAGUAAUUGAUUCAUGUCCUCAUUUUAAUUGCAGGUUAUAUUUGAUGAAAAAGUCCUUUGGUAAGACUAAUGAAAUAGUAAUUGGUUUUUUUUGUUUUUUUUGGAUUAGUUUACAAUCAGUUUUAGUGAAUACUGUGUUGAUAUUUCAGGUGGGAGACCAUUAUCUUGAUUUCAAUGUACGGUAUCUACAUACUUAUCAUGAAGUAAGUCACAUUUUAUAGUUUUUAUUGGUACUGGCACAAAAUACUCCCCCGUCUUACGAAUUACCAUCUUUUUUGUGUUUGUUUCUUGUCCAGGUUCAACAGAUCUCUCUACAGCCUGGUAGAGAGACACUGCAGCAGAGCAGGUCAGCCGUGUUUGAGCAGCCUGCGGAGGACGACUGCUGUCGGCAGCAUUGGAGACUGUGACAAUGACAUGGUGCCACUGAAGCCAGGUGCAGGAGCUCAUGUUUGUACGUGUGCAUGUGUUCAUCCAAACCAUCACAAUGUACCCUCAUCCUUUGAGCAGCUCUCAGCAGACUUGGUGACACAGUUUGGGUUGCUUUUCGAAUCCAUUUUUGUUCCCAUAUGAAUGUCAAAAAUACUGAAAUAAAAUGAGACCACUUUAAUGUUUAAGAUUUGUGAUAUAGUGACUCCAUCACUCUUUCCUCUUUAUCUUCCAAAAUCAUCCCUCCCCCUCCCAUUUGUGUCUUCUACUAACCCUUAUCGGUGUCCUAACACUUUGUCCAGAUUCCAGUGUGGUAGCUGGACAGGAUACAGGGGUGGUGAUGGUGGAUGAGCUGCUGAACAGGCACCCUCAUCAGCUCUCCUUCUCAGAGGCAAGCGUCCGCCUUCUCAUCACCCCACAUUUUCCCCCUUCACCCGCCUGCGCAUCGCAGGACAUAUGGUCAUCAACGAGGUACACUGCAUGUGGCUUGCACUCUUACAUGAUUUGAAGUCUCCUGGUUUGACCGGCUCGGACCAAACUGCAGCACACUGAAGGAAACUUUCUCACAUCUGUACAUCAUGAUAAUUUAUUAUUUAAUAUUAGUCCAGACUGAGAUUGGUGUUAGUCUCCAGCUCUGGCUCGGCACAACGAUGCAAUACUUCUCAGGUGAAUUCUCCCCCCUGCAUUACAAAGAAACGCAUAGAAGACUAGGACAUAGAACUAAAUCUUCAAAUCUGCUUCCUUGUUGCAUUUACUCCUGCAUGUGUGCUUGCCAUUUCCAAUCCCAACUUAAAAUGCACCUGCUAGUGCUACUCCUGCUCUAUGCCAUGCCCCUGAUCAGUGCUCCCCAUCCACCCUCUGCUGUAUGUGACCGGCUGCCUGAUCACUCCCCUUGCUGCUAGUUAUAUCAUAGCUAUGAUUAAAGUAAGUAAUUUUCACAAGUCUGCUGCAGCGUUUCACACCUAUUUUUGUUUCCUUCCUUUUUUCUCUGACGCCUCCCCAAUCCCUUGCUCCACUACCUUCAGAGGAAGAGGUUGAUCAGAGCCCGCGGAGGCUCAGAGGAGGGAGGAGCUUCAGGGGAUGAAGGUGCCGGUGUUAAUGGGACUGUGGCUGAGGGAGACAGGCAGCUGCCAGAGGGAGAGAGUGAAAGAGGUAAAGAGACAGUGGGGGAGACAGAUGGGGAAGCACAACCAAAAGACGAGGAGGAGGAGGAAGAAGAAGAGCAGGAGGAAGGAGAUAGAGAAAACGCUCCUUUCAAACCCUUCAUCUUGCCGGGUGAGUGGUGAAAACAGCAGACGCAGUCAUCGUGUGGAUCACUGCAGUUUCCCGGCUGCAUAAGUCAUUUUAGGCGACACUUUGUAAUGUUUCGUUUUUAUUUAUAUCGAGUCAGUUGAAAAUAUUUUGGAUUUUGGUGUCCCCCUGUCAUCAAAGUACUGUACAUUUUACACCCUUGCUGAUUUUACCCUUUACAUACAGGUAUUAGUAUUUUUGUCUGCAACAUAAGCAGUAAAAAUCUUCCUGCUGGGACUUUUCUUCACUAAGAGCGAAUGAUGAAAACAAAUACAGUGACUGAUUCGCCCAAUAAAAAGUGAAAACUAUUUGAAAAGAUUGUUGAUGAAAUUGAAAGGUUUAUUUACUGCAGUCAUAUUACCGCCUCCCUAUUGGUCAGUAACAGUAACUUGCUUAGUUUGCUUUAAGCUAUGAAUUUAUACCUGUCUCCUGUAGUUUGUGUAACAAUGCAACACUGUCAGUAGUUUGAUGUCCUCUGAGUUUAUCUUAAUAAUCUCUCCGUGUCAUUAUUCAUUAGGAAGCAUCGAAAAUAUAGAGAUUUAUACAUUUCCUCACAUUUAUUCAACUUGUAAACUUUGAACCAUUUACACUUCUCAUUCUGAACAUUGUAACUGGCUGCCUUAAGAAUAUGGUGGACAAUGAUGCACUGUUAUUGCGAAUCUUUCAUGUGUCUGAUAUUUUAAGAUGAAAAUGUAUCAACCUGACAUCUCUUUAUAUUGUUACUAUAGAAACAAGGCAGUUAAAUCAAAUUUUGCCUAGACUCGGGUGUCUCCUCCCUUAAUACAUUUGAAAAUAUUUGAUGAUUUGGUUAAAUUCAGGAGGGGACAUUGACAGAUUGAGGCUGAAGCCGCAGUAAUGCAGCUAAGUUUGCGAUGUUUCCCGAGUGUUUGUAAAAAUAAUGAAGAGGAUGGUCCAGAUCAGCUCCUUUUGUGAAGCCCCUCCAGAUAACUUUUGUUGUGACUUGGUGUUGUGUAAAUUUAGAUUAACUGAUUGAUUGAUGAUUCGUUAUGUAGUAUGUCAUGAUCCCUGCUGGGAUGUCUGAAUGUGUGUGUUUUUCCUCAGCUGGUUGGUGUUCUUGUGUGAAGUGGUUGGUCUCUUGGCCGGUGAGUGUCCUGCUUCACUGUACAAUCCCAGAUUGUAAUCUGCCUCGCUGGGAGCGCUGGUACCUGCUCACCUUCCUGUCAUCCACUCUCUGGAUAGCCCUCUUCUCCUACCUCAUGGUCUGGAUGGUAGGGACACGAUUGUAAACAUGCAAACUUUUACACAGAUUAACACAACUGAAGACGCACAUACACACAGGCUCUUCCCUCUGUGUAGGUGACCAUAAUCAGCUACACACUCGGAAUCCCUGAAGUCCUCAUGGGCAUCACUUUUCUGGCAGCUGGCACGAGUGUCCCUGACUGUAUGGCCAGCCUUAUUGUUGCCCGACAAGGUGUGUGCAUAACUUAACCUGCCUCAACACAAAUGACCUCUGUUAUUUAAGGACAUUAAUACUACCUGGCUGUCUGUGCAUUUUGUCCUGAUCUUUCUUGGAACGUUUUUACUGCUCUGACAAAACAUUUUCUAACUCAUGAUUCAUUGACUAGAGUUUGACCAUGAACUCAACUUUUUAAAGACUGAUUGAAUGUAGAGACGACAGCUGGGAUAGGCGGUACAGAAAAUGAAUGAAUGUAGAGACUAAACAGUUGAGAAAAGAAAAAAAGUGUGCGUCUCAGUGUCUGUAUUUGUGAUGAAAAGAAGACCAUGUACCAACAAAAAGUUGCCUGUCUGGGUGCUUGAUGUCUUAUGUACUUCAUAUUCUUGUGUGAGUUCUGCUUUGUGUGUAUUCAUUCACAUUUGGAUGUUGCAGGUUUGGGGGACAUGGCUGUGUCGAACUCCAUUGGCAGUAAUAUUUUUGAUGUGCUGCUUGGUCUGGGCUUCCCCUGGGCACUGAGGACUCUUAUAGUCAGCUAUGGAUCCGUGGUAAAACACCGUCUUUUUCUGUGUCUAGUUUUACUGGACGGAUGAUUAUAAAAACACUGAAAUAUCCCAGGGGUGUGCAGUAGUAUGUGCAAAUGUUAAGGUGUGGAACUUUUUCAAAUUUUCAAGUGAGAGAUUUUCCAGUUGAUUUUUUUGCAGCGUCUUUACUUGAAAAGGACCAAAGUAAUUCAAAGUAACUUGAUUUCAUUCAAAUGCUAAACAGUUUUCCUGAUGUUCGGAACUUGAGUGUCCUUGUUAGCAGUCUGAAAAUAGUAUUCAUCUGUAACUUUCAGCUGUUAGCAGUUUGCAUACAGACUCGGGUGAAAAAACCUUUGAAAUAAAGACAAAUCAGAAAAAUGUUGUAAGACAGUUAGUUGUUAAGUGUUGGGAAAACAAAACUUGAACACUCAUCUCUGCUUUACAGGUGACAAUAAACAGCAAAGGCCUGGUGUACUCAGUGAUUCUGCUCUUAGCUUCCGUCACACUCACUGUGAGUAGACAUCCAUUCUUCUCUUUCUUCAACCUUUUCUGUCGGAGUUGAUUAAUCACAAUUUUCAUACGACAUGGGAAAGUGUUUCCUGACAGCAUCUGCACAACUACUGUGUCCUUACUAAACUUCUUACUGACUGUCCUUAACAGUGUUUAAGGUGUUUUAAUCCACUUUCUUUGUCACCCCGUCACUUUCUCCCCCUCAGGUCUUAUGUGUCCAUUUGAACUGCUGGAGGUUGGACCGCAGGCUGGGAUUCUGUCUCCUGCUGCUCUACGCCAUCUUCCUCCUCUGCUCCAUUGGUUUUGAGAGACUUUAG